GCUGAACAGUUUUUCAUGUGUUUAUUGACUAUUUGUACUUCUACAUCUGAGGAGUGUCUUUCAUUUCAGUUAUUUUCCAGAGUCUGGAUUCCACAUCUCAGAAAGGCUGAACUGGUGCUGCUCCCCACUCUUCCACUUUCAAGGACUGAAGGAGCUCCAGGAAGCAGGUCAGGAGGUCUUGGUCUGAAGCAGUGUCCACAGCUCACAGCAGUGGAGGAGGCCCAACGAGUCAAGGCAUCUGAGUCCUCAUCUUGAAGCCCUUGCUGUCCCCAAGGAACGUGAGAACACCUUCAUCAUAAGAAGAGCCACGCAUCAAGCUAGGGAAGGCUUCCAGGCCAAAGAGGGACACGCAGCCUAGUGGGUGUGCAGGUUCUCCAGUCUGAGGGAGAGCAAUUGGUUGCCACUGCUUCUUCUGCAUCCUCUUUCCCCUGUACCGAAUCUCAGGCACACCAGCAGAAGGACCUGGGACCAGGACACCAAGUCCUCAGAUUUCUCAGCUGGUCUUCUUUCCCUCUACUGCCAUGGCCUCCAGUCAAACAAGCCAAUCCAGUGAGGGCUCCAUCAGGGAAGAAGAUGAGCUUUCACUCAUGUCACAGGACCAGGAAGGUUCUGAGUCCUUGCCCCAUGUGGUCCUGUAUGACAGGAUAGAUGCAUUGGUAGAUUUCCUGCUCCACAAGUAUAGGAGAAAGGAGCUGACUUCCAAGGCAGAAAUGCUGCACACUUUCAUGAAAGAUUACCCGGAGCACUUCCCUCCGAUCUUCAACAAAGUCUCAGAGUGUCUGUACAUGGUCUUUGGCAUUGAUGUGAAGGAAGUGGAUCCCCCUGGGCAGAUAUAUGUCCUCGCUCCUGUCCUGGGUCUCACCUAUAAUGACAGAGUAGGUGAUGACUACAACCUUGCCAAAACCGGCCUCUUGAUAAUGAUUAUCACUGCCAUCUUCAGAAAGGGCAACCACGCCAGUGAGACCAUUAUCUGGCUUGCCCUUAACAGGAUGCAGGUGUUUGAUGGGAGUGAACAUUUCAUCUAUGGGGAUCCGAGGAAAUUUAUCACUGAGGAUUUGGUGCAGGAAGGGUAUCUAGAGUAUCGGCAGGUGCCCAAUAGCGAUCCUGCUCUCUAUGAGUUCCUUUGGGGUCCGAGGACCCGUGCUGAAACCACCAAGAUGAAAGUACUGGAGCAUUUGGCCAAGGUUAAUAAGAGAGAUCCCUGGUCCUACCCACAUCUCUAUGAAGAGGCUUUGAGCGAGGAGCUAGAGGCUGCCCGUGCACGACGUGCAGUCAGGGCUACUGAAGGAGCAAGUUGCAGGCCAGGGACAGGUUGUGUUCACAAGCCAAAUCACUAGCUUAGCCCCUGCCCAUGUAAAGUGAUGCCCAUUCGUCAGUGUGUGUUUGAGGAGAGCAGCAGGCCUGCUCAGUAGUGAUGAGCCAGGGUAGGGGAAAUCCUGGGCAUACUUUCUUGAUGUUCCUUCUGCUUGGGUUACUUGGAAAUUGACAGUUUCCUUCAUGAAAAUCAAAGAAGCUUGCAUAUCUUAUUUGAAUAAUAGCAUAGAUCUCACAUCUGUUUUUGCUAUUGUUACAUUGUUUGUUCACUUUUAUUUUUGAAGAAAUUAUGAUUUUCUGUGGUAUUGAGCAAAUAGAUUUUGCUUUUCCUUUCCAAGAGUAAGAGUCUUUGCUGUUUUGUAAAACCAACUAGGAAAUCGUCCACUCUUUUGUGAUGGGAAACAGAUUUCCAUAGCACUAGAGUAGGAAUUUCCUUAUA